GGUGGGGGGUGGGGCUAGAGUAUUGUUUCCCCUUCCGGAGGGUUGUUGGCUGUGCCGGUUCCUGUCAGUAUGGUAGCCACGAAAAGAGAGCGGCGUAGCCUUUUGUGGGCGACUGUUGCUGCAUUUAUCCUAGCUGUAAAUGCAUCAUUUGUGGAAGACUUAGAUGACUCGUUUAAAGAAAAUCGUAAAAAUGACAUUUGGCUUGUAGAUUUUUACGCACCUUGGUGUGGUCAUUGCAAGAAACUGGAGCCUGUGUGGAAUGAAGUUGGUAAAGAGAUGAAAAGUACUGGAUCUCCAGUUAAAGUUGGAAAGAUGGAUGCAACUUCGUAUUCUAGUAUUGCAUCUGAGUUUGGAGUUCGAGGCUAUCCAACCAUUAAACUGUUGAAGGGUGACUUGGCGUACAACUAUAGAGGAUCUAGGACCAAAGAUGACAUUAUUGAGUUUGCAAACAGAGUAGCUGGGCCUGUUAUCCGACCUCUCCCUAGCCAGCAGAUGUUUGAACAUGUACAGAAGAGGCACCGGGUACUUUUUGUGUACGUUGGUGGGGAAUCACCAUUAAAGGAAAAAUACAUAGAAGUUGCUUCCGAACUAAUUGUUUAUACAUACUUUUUUUCUGCCUCAGAAGAGGUACUACCUGAGUAUGUGACUCUCCCUGAAAUGCCAGCUGUUCUAGUUUUUAAAGACGGAACUUACUUUGUAUAUGAUGAAUAUGAAGAUGGUGACUUGUCAUCCUGGAUAAAUAGAGAGAGAUUCCAGGGGUAUCUUAAUGUAGAUGGAUUUACACUUUAUGAGCUUGGAGACACAGGCAAACUUGUGGCUAUUGCGGUUAUUGAUGAUAAAAAUUUUUCUUCAGAACAUACCAGGUUGAAGUCUAUUAUUCAAGAAGUUGCGAAAGAUUACAGAGAUCACUUUCAUAGGAACUUCCAGUUUGGUCACAUGGAUGGAAAUGAAUACAUUAAUAGUUUACUAAUGGAUGAUUUGAAAAUUCCCACCGUUGUUGUAUUGAACACAUCCAAUCAACAAUAUUUCCUGCCCCAUAAACCCAUUGAAAACUCUGAAGAUAUGGUACAGUUCAUUAAUGAGAUCUUGGAAGGCACUGCAGAAGCACAAGGUGGAGAUGGAAUUCUUCAAAGAAUCAAGAGAAUAAUUUAUGAUGCCAAGUCUACUGUAGGAUCUGUUUUCAAGAGUUCACCACUUUUGGGCUGCUUUCUCUUUGGCCUACCACUGGGUGUCAUCAGCAUCAUGUGUUAUGGAAUUUGUACUGCUGACACUGAUGGAGGUGCAGGAGAAGCAGAGCCAGUGACGGAGGAAACAGCAGGCAGGGAACUGACUGAUGAAGGCACUGAAGGAACUGAUGAAGGCACAGAAGAAGAACAGGAGGGGACCAAUGAAGAAGCCACAGAACAGACAGGUGGCGAGCCAGAACAGAAAACUAUAUUGGAAAAGAAGAAAGACUAAACUGAUAGCUAAAGAAUUUCUCUGUAGAAUUUCAAAAUAUUUAUUGAAUUCAGCCAUUUAUUUGCAACCUUCAGAGAUAAGACUUUUUGUCAGUUUUAUUUGCAUGCUUUCAAAUAGCUUGGCUGUGAGAAAGAAUGGAUGGGAGCUUGGGCUUUGAAGUCUCCUUCUUAAUUCAUUGGGGAAAAAACAGAUGUAGGAAUGUACAUGAGCAAUUUUACACGAAUGUCAUAUCAUAAUGAUGUGUUACUGUUUGCAGGCUGCCACUGGGCAACAGAUGCUCCUUUUCUGGUGCCUGUUCUGAGGUUAAACAGGAUGACCAAAGUAAAGAAAAUUCACCUUUAUAUAUAUGUUUGAAAGCAGGGAUAAAACUGUAGAGUGAAAUCUGUAUAUAUAACUGAACUUUAGAAAUUCUUUAUUGGAAAACAUGCACUGAGGAUGUUACAAAACCUGUUUUUACUUAAGUUAUUGUAGAUUUUGCAGAGCAUUUCUAUUUUGCCACUUGAAGUAAGCAUAAAUUCUAAAUUAUCUGGUACACAAUUCUCAUGGCACUGCUGAAAAGAAGUAUGAUUGUCUCCUCAGAAUGACACCUGCCCACUCCUUUUGAUACAGUGAAAAUGUUAGAUUUUUUAAAGAUUGAUUUCUAUAUUUUACAUUUAAAACAAGGUAUGGCUUACUUGAAGAAGAAAUAUCCUUAUAUCCCAAGUACUUGACAAACCUGUGGGCUCCAUUGGCUCAUUUUGUCAUUAAUUGAAUACUCUGUAUGGAUGUAUGUGCAUGUUGAGUUUAUGGUUCCAUGACGAAUUUUCUUUCACUGUAUCAUAAUAUUCAAUCUUGUGACAUUCUUGACAUAUACCAGUGAAAAAAAAUAUUUAAACAAAUAUUAACUUGUCAACAUAGAUAUCUGCACUGAUGUCUCUGACUAUAGGCUGUUGACUGGGGGAAGAGUUCAUUAUCUGUACCACCGUUAACAGUUAUAGAAAAGGGAGUAUUUGUCACCAUAAUGCAUUUUUAUUAGUUGCUUAAUCAUAUAAGUCAUCUCUAAUACCUCCCCAUGACAUUGAAAAGAGACUAAGCUCUUUUCAGAGUUGGGAUCUCCUGGGAUAAGCCAUAAGAUGGGGUUGGGAGUAUUGAUACCAUGGUGAUUACCAUAGCAACCAAGCCUAUGCUGCUCAUUUUCAGUACUAAGACUGUGUCACAUUCAGUUGUAAAAAUAUAAAACAUAAAAGCUUUCCAGUUUGUUGAUUACUGUACAACUUUUUGAUAUAAUGUGGAUAUUCUCCAUACCAGGCAGCUUGGUAUAGUUAGUAUAUAUAUAUAUUCUAAAGAAAUUUAAGGUUGGGUAGAUUUUU